AUGAGAGAUACAGUGAAGUGGUGGUGUAGUAGUUUUGAGGGCAUCACAAGACGGCAAAUUGCUAGAGAUAAACAGACAAACACAGACAAUUCUGUGGAAAUCUUUGUUAAGAUCGUCAUUACAGCUGUUCUUGCAAUGUCCAAAACUGCAAAACCAAAAGAAGCUCUGCCAACAUCAUAUGAAAAGUUGAUGAGGAAAGAAGUGGUGGGCAUUGGACCACUUCUCAUGUAUUUUAGAACAAAGGCAAAACAGGGACGGAACUGUAUAGAGAUCAAAAUAGUACAGGUAGGGUUUAGAUUCAAUGUCUCAUUGGUGACUUUUGGUUGGCAAAAAGAAUCCCAAAGUCCUCUAAAGGGCGCCCGACAAGCCUGGCUCCAGAAUGGAAAAGCAAUCACGCCUUUAUUUGAGAGAAUUCGAAGAAGAUGGGAGAUACGUACAUCAAAGAAGAAGGUGAAACGGGUUAUGCCUGGCUCCCUGUAUGCCACAAGCAAAGACCAAUCUCCUAUGUCUUAG